AUGUCGCUACUGCAGUUGGACAAUCCUCAGCUCCAGGUACAACAACCCACCAUGAGGGAUGUCCCUAAAACCAUUGGCACCCAAACUCAGGAAAAGAAGAAUAGGAAGAAGCGAGCUUGUCUUCGAAAAACCGAGGACACAAGGUUGAAGAAGCUCAAGGCUAAACUACUUGUUCCUGAGGACCAAUUCAUUGCAUCCAAGUGCCUUCGUGAAUUCGACACUGCAUACCAGGAUGGCUCGCUCAAAACAAAGGAUCUCCUAUACUUCGCCAUCCCCCCAAAACAACAUUGGAUCGUGUGCUGCAUCAACCUUCUAUACAAACAGUCAACAUUUGUGACUCAGGUUACCAAUUUUGUGACACUUGCGGCACAUGCUAAAGCUUUCACAAAGUUGGAUUUCAUGAAGUUCACGUGUUUCAACCCUUCGGAAUGCCCCCAACAGAAAACACACUUUGAUUGUGGAAUAUUCGCAAUGCUCUUCAUGAAGCAAUGGGAUGGGAAGAAAAUGGCAGAAUUUUGCAAGGACACUUAUGACCAUCGCGCGCUUAUCACAGAAGAAAUCCUCACUUCACAACUCAACACCCAAGAUCCAAGCUGGGUAUACUGA